GCGCUUAAUUUCCCGCGAGAGGUCGCGAGAUCGAUCCCUGCUCUUGCGCAUUAUUAUUAUUUUUUUUUAUAUAUAUAUAUAUAACCAGAUCAGGCGCGCGGGCCGUUCGGCCAUUUCCAGCCCGCGCGCAGCCCUCCUUAAGUCAGCCCCUCCGGCCUGUGAAGCCCAGUCUAGGCCCGCGAUCUUCCCAGCUGCUAGCAGGCUGAAUUUUCGGCCCAAUCUCGCAGCCAAUAACUGGCGCGAGGCCCAAAUAGCUGGAAGCUUGGGCCAGUGUUUGAGCAGUCGGCCCAGUUCGACUUUUAAGCCUAUUAUUGGGUUCCGGAGUCCGUUUAUAGACUCACGUUGGGAUGCGGGGCUUCGAGCUGACAUCCCGGAAUUUCAUGGUAGUGUUGAGCCCGGUGACUUUAUUGAUUGGUGGGCCACUGUGGAAUCGAUAUUGGCAUUCAAGGCGGUCCUGGAAGAUAAGCGUGUCGCAUUCGUUGCUACUCGUUUUCGUGGUAGGGCGGCGACCUGGUGGAUGCAUAUUAUGAGCAUGCGGCAUCGUCAAGGGAAAUCACCAAUUAUUUCUUGGAUGAAAUUUUGUAAGUAUGUGGAGGAUGAGUUUUUGCCUUUCAAUUACGAUAGUGUCGUUUAUCAGCAGCUGCAUAAUUUAAGACAGGGUACUCGUUCUGUGGAUGACUACACUAACGAGUUUUAUCAGCUAUUGAAUCGGGUUGAAGUACGUGAGACUAAGUCUCAGUUGAUUUCGCGAUAU